GGAGAACCGAAAGUAAACGUCGGCGACACGACUUCUUACCACGCCUCCUCUACCAUCAUGGCAUCUAGCACCAAAGUUCCCCUAAGCUUCGAAGAAUUCUGGGCCCGCCGCACUGAAGAGUACGCAUACUUUAACGAAACAAGCCUACGCAACUACCUUCAGGUCCUUGUCCGCAUAGAACCUGAGCCUAUGGAACGCUCGAGCACUGUCAGAACAGUCAGUGGUAUGCUACGUCUGUAUGGGGGGACAUGCCGUAUGCAUAUCGGUCAUGACGGCAGCCUAGAAUACGCGCUGAAAACGUGGAGGGAUCGAGAUGAGGACGGUAACUUCAGGCCCUUAAUGCGGUGGUUUGAGGAGAUUACAGCUACGAGCAGCACUGAGCAUGCCUCGGGGGUUAAACGCGGCUUUUUAUUUCUUGGCCACGUGCUAUCGCGGCCACGUGGCGGUAACGGCGACUGGACUGAUACUAAGUCCUACUUGUGCUCCGAGCUCCUCGACGGCAAUGCACCCGGAAUGUUCUGGAGACUCGAGGACGCCGCACCCGAAGACGCUAUUGGGGCAUUGGAAAACACUGUGAAGGCAUCUUUCAUAGCGGAAGAUGUCGUUGGUCUGGAUGGGGAUACCAACAUUAACUCUGCACCUAAAAGCGAACUGUUGCUGAAGGCCUCUCAGCGGACGUGUCCGUAAGUACUGGGUUGUGAUUGUGUAGUGUAAUGAAGCAUGAUAAAGAAAUUUGGGUCGCGUUCACUCGCGAUACAACGACGUAAAAUCAUG